AACGUUAGGUACUCCACCAACAGGUCGGCGGUCCACGGGCCAAAGGAACAAACGCGGGACGUGGACAACGAUGACUUGCGUUUCCAUUCUUCUCUUCUACUUCCGGAUUCUCCUGCUGCAGCAGGUCCUGGUGGCCUACGCAUCUCCCAGAGCAGGGAACAUACGAUGACUGGAUAGACACCGCUGCCUCCAAGGAGGUCGUCAUUGUAGGCGGAGGAAUGGCCGGUCUCUCCGCCGCAAAGAAGCUCCUACAAGAGGGUGUCAAAAAUCUCGUUGUACUGGAGGCGCAGGACUACUUGGGAGGCCGCGUGAAGACUUACCGGGAAGGCAAGUAUAGCAGGACGACUUGACCAGUAUGAACCCGUCCUCACAUCAAGCCAAUACAGUCAAAAACAGCAACAGCAACAACAGAAGACUUAACUCAGGCUCUAUCCUGACGGAAGACGGAGCGGAAUGGAUACACGGCGGCAAAGGAAACUUCCUUUACUUUCUGGCUCAGAAAUUAGGUGGUCUAACGCAGCCACUCCCGGACAACGUCUACGACGUGCGGUUCAGGAUGCCAGAGGGGAAGGCAGCCAGCAAGAAGGGCUACUUAGCAGCCAGACGAGUCUUCAACCAGUGUGAGAACAAUAAGAUACUGAAGCCUUACGAGGACAAGGGAUAUGGAGAAUGCUACAUCGACAGAUUCCCCGCCGCUUACAAGAGUUUCAGAGCCCCGAAGACAGAGAAGGCAGCAUGGCUAGAAUUUCUACACUUGUGGGUGAAUAAAGACACGGGAAUGGUCGACUGGCGCGACCAGUCCGGUCGUGACGCCAGACAUUUCACCGACUUCGGCUACGACGAAUGGAACCAGUGGAAAGCCGGUUACGACACGCUGACCAACUACAUCCAGGAGAGCAUCCCGGCCAAAAAGAUAGAGCUGAACUCCCCCGUCUGCAAGAUCUUCUGGGACUCUGACCCCCAAGGCGGCGUUUUGGUCGUCACGUCCGCACAGACGGCCUACAUAGCUGACUACGUCCUCGUCACGGCUUCCGUUGGUCACCUGAAGGAGAGGCAAGACCUGCUGUUCUCGCCGCAGCUUCCCGCGUCGUACAAGAGUAAUUUGGACGGCAUCGAACUGGGAAUCGCAGACAAGGUUCAGCUCGGAUGGGACACGAAGUGGUGGGGCAACGACCCCAUCGACCUCUCCCCAGUGUUCAUCAACAGAAAUCUCACCGAAGAAAUGUCGUGGCUGUACGGCAUUAUGGAAUUCAUGAAUAUCCACCAGCAGGAUAAAAUGAUCCAAGGAUUCGUCCCUGGAGACUACGCCCUCCAGAUGGAGAAACUUCCGGAGGAGACGGUUAAAAGCCACUUGAUCCAGUUCUUGAAGGGUCUAACGGGACAAGAAGUCCCGGAACCGACGUUUUUCAGAAGGAGUAAAUGGAUGGACAACGUCUGGAUGCGAGGCUCCUACAACUCCUAUGUGACCGUGGAGGGCGACAAAGCCGGCCUGAAAUCCAGAAAGCCAUUUUUGAAAUCCAUCAAAAACCAACAAAACAAUAAGGUCAUCUUCUGGGCCGGAGAACACACGGACACCACGAGAUUCGGCACCGUCGACGGAGCCAUGAAGAGCGGCACGAAGGCCGCCCAACGCAUCGUCAAAUAUCGCAAGAUGAAAUAAAAUAUGAAUGCAGAGCUUA